GUCGAUAAAAAUAUAAAGGAAUUAGUGAUCAGUAGAGAAAGAAGAGAAAUACUUUCAAGAAGGAUUUUUGAGAAGUUUGUUUCUAAACAGACAGCAGAUAUUUGUGAUUCUUGUGGUUAUUCAUUUUUGCAACAUCAUUCAGAAAGUGAAAGUAAAGUUUAGAUCACUGGAGCUCAAAGAGUGAAAAUGGCUUCACUAUCGGAAGAUGAUUUUUCUUGUCCCGUGUGUAUUGAAAUCUUCAAGGAUCCUGUUGUUUUAUCAUGUAGUCACAGUGUCUGUAAAGAGUGUCUUCAACAGUUCUGGAGAACCAAGGAUACUCAGGAGUGUCCUGUCUGCAGGAGAUUGUCAAGACAUGAACCUCCAUUAAAUCUUGUGUUACAAAACCUGUGUGAGUCAUUCUUGAAGGAGAGAAAAGAGAGCCGUUCAUCAGGAUCUGAGGAGCUCUGCAGUUUACACAGCGAGAAACUCAAACUCUUCUGUCUGGAGGACAAGCAGCCGGUGUGUCUAGUGUGCUUUACUUCACAACAACAUGACAAUCAUAAAUUCAGACCCAUCAGUGAAGUUGUGUCAUCAUAUAAGGAGGAGCUCAAUACAGCACUGAAGUCCUUACAAGAGAAACUUACACAUGGAGAACCAAUGAAAGGACAGUUUGAAGAAACAGUUGAACACAUCAAGUCUCAAGCUGAUCACACAGAGCAUCAGAUUAAACAGCAGUUUGAGAAGCUUCAUCAGUUUCUCAGAGAUGAAGAAGAAGCUACAAUCACUGCACUGAGGGAGGAAGAGGAGCAGAAGAAGCAGAUGAUGAAGGAGAAGCUGGAGGAGCUCAACAGACACAUCUCAGCUCUUUCACAGUCAAUCGAAGACACGGAGGAGAUGAUGAAAGCCAGUGACGUCUGCUUUCUGAAGGAGUUUCCAGACUCAAUGGAAAGAGUCCAGAUCUCAUCACAGCCGGAUCCACAGACACCUUCUGGAGCUUUGAUUCAUGUGCCGUGUUACUUGGGCAACCUGCCCUUCAGAGUCUGGAAGAAGAUGCAGGACAUCGUCCAGAACAGUGAGUCUGGAGAAGAUCUGUCUGUCCAGGACCCAUUGAAUGAACUCCUUCCCAAUGAUGAGGAGGAGCACAUUCAUACAAUGAAAGGAAUGUCGCUCCAAGACAAUAGUGCAGCUGGUCAGCAGGGCAACUAUGAGAUUAGUGCCCGCCGCAGGACCCUUCAUAACCUGGUGAAAGAGUACGCAGCUCAGGGCCGGUAUGCUGUGGCCGUGCCGCUCUGCAGAAAGGCUCUGGAGGAGCUGGAGAAAGACUAUGGACACGACCAUCCCAAAUUGGCCACCAUGCUCAACAUCCUGGCGCUCAUGUACAGAGAUCAGCAAAAAUAUAAAGAAGCUCAUCGCUUGCUGAAUGAUGUUCUCUCCAUCAGAGAAAAGACACUUGGAAAAGACCAUCCUGCUGUGGAAGCUACUCUCAAUAAUCUGGCUGUGCUGUACAGGAAACGAGGCCAGUAUAAGGAGGCUGAGCCAUUGUGUAGACGAGCGCUGGAGAUCCGAGAGAAUGUGUUGGGGAAUGAUCAUCCGGAUGUAGCGAAGCAGUUGAAUAAUCUGGCCCAGGUUUGUCAGAAUCAGGGCAAGUAUGAGGAGGUGGAGUGUUAUUACCGCAGAGCUCUGAAGAUCUAUGAAUGCAAACUCGGCCCAGAUGACCCCAAUGUGGCCGAAACCAAGAACAACCUGGCAUCCUGCCUUUUCAAACAAGGCAAAUAUAAAGAAGCUGAGAUUCUUUACAAAGAGAUUCUGACCAGUGCUCAUGAGAAGGAGUUUGGAUUGGUGGACGCUGAAAACAAACCCAUCUGGAUGCACGCUGAGGAAAGAGAGGAGGUGAGCAAGGGGGAACUCAGUGACAACACGCUGUAUGAAAAACAUGGAGGCGGGUACAAAGCCAGUAAAGUCAACAGUCCGAUCAUAAAUACAACACUGAAGAAUCUAGCCACUCUGUACCGCAGACAGGGCAAGAUGAAGGCAGCAGACAUGCUGGAGGAAUGUGCCACAAGAUCCCACAAACGGGAUGGCAGCGGAGCACUGAAUUACAAAGGCCCAUUUGCGCGGCUCAAAGAUGAGUUGCUCAAAAGCAGUGAAAUGCAGAGGAAGAACUACAGGACUGCAAACCCCCAGAGACGCACAACACCAAGUACAAGCAUACACAAACACAGUGUGAUGCACAGUGUUGAACAUUAUGGCCAAAACUUUGUAAAAUUUCCCUAUUACAGCAAAUCCUGAUCUGGUGUAACGGGACAGAAUUCCAGUCACAAGCUGGGAGAGGCUACAUGAUAAAACACCUUACGCGACUGACAAAAUGUAAUGUCGCUGCUGGUUAGGACAAACACUCCAUGUUAAAUAGUUUUUGCUUUCAAAUGUUUUAUAAUAUUAUUUAUUUUGGGCUGCACUCUUAGUGCACUCAUCUCUUAGUGUAAUUAGUCAAUCUCAGCUUGUGAUAAUGGCAAAUACUUUAUGAUAAUGACUAUAGACUGACCCAAUCCCUAAAAGAAAACAUUUAGUAUUUGUAGUAAUUAGAAAGAUUUUAUUAGCCAUUAUUUCUCUGUUUGAGGGUGUCAGUGGAGGGUUUGUAAGUUUUAGUAAAUUACUCACACACACGUUAGAGUCAUGACACACAAAUCACCACAGACAUACAUGAAAACUCAGAAUGAAGAUUGUCCUUUAGACAUUUUUUAAAAUCUUUUUUUGUUUUAAUUUUAGUUGUCAUUUUCAUUGUAGCC